AUGUGGUUCCUGGAACGGCUCCGUUUGGAUCCCGAGCGCCUCCUGAGGGGCGGAAACGGGCUUUUCCAAGGUCGGGUCAGCAGAACCACGGCGGUCACGCCCACCACUUGCACAAAUGUGCUCACCCCAGACCGCAUCCCGGAGUUCUGCAUUCCCCCACGACUCGCGCCCUGCUCAGCACCAGCUGCUCUCCGGGACUCUUGGGGCGAAGAAGUAGGAGCCGAGGACAGCUCCGGAACCCAGGCGCCCCUUCCCGCGACACCUCUAGCCCUCGCGCUCGCUCGGCUGCCGCCCCCAGCCCCGCGGCGCCCGCCCCUGGAGGCCGAGGGCACCGUGACUCUGGGCCGCGCUGGUGGAGCCCUGCGCCUGGCCGCGCAGUACAGUCCGGCAGGCGGGCGCCUGCGCAUCCGGCUGCUCCGAGCCGAGGGUCCGGCCGGAGGCAGCGCCGAGCCCUGCGCGGUCGGCUGCCGCGUCAGCUUUGUGCUGCAACCGCCGGGCAAGGCGCGCCAGCCCCGCGGCGCCAUGGUCCUGCGGAGCCGCACGGCCGUCUUGGACCAGGACUUCUGCUUGGACGGGCUCUCGGAGGACGACGUGCGCCGCCUGGCCGUGCGCGUCAAAGCGGAGCACAAAGGCCACAGCCCGGAGCGGGGCGAGCUGCACUUGGGCGCCCUGCUGCUCCCCUGAGGGUCCCUGUCCUGCUGGGGACUCCCCCACCUACAGCUGUUUCUUACAAAAUAAACGUGUAUUUAUUCUUCUACUUGGCGUCAGUGUUAGCAGAGAUCAUCCUGA